CCCGCCCGUCCGUCCCCCGAGGCGCCGCCCGCGCGGCCGCUUUCCCUCCUGCUCCCCCAUCGAAGCUCCAGCGAUGAAUUUUUUCGUCCCUUCUGAGAGGAACCAGAUUAUGAUGCAUGAUUAUCACAGAAGAAAUUCAUGUCUAUAGCUUUUAAGGACUUGAUUACAUCACUUUUCAAGCCUGAUAGUUUUGGAGUCACCAUUGCAGCUUGACACAUCUCGCCUACCUUUCAGUUAGCUGUCUUUGUAAAAGAAGAUACCGAAACUGAUGUGCUGCAUUUAAACACUCCCGUGCCCUUCAAUUAUUUGACAUUUCCCAGAAGUAAAUUCUCAGAAACAUUAGUAGCCAAACUUACAGGGGGAAAAUGAUUCCCAAUGGAUAUUUAAUGUUCGAAGAUGAAAAUUUCAUUGAAUCCUCCGUUGCCAAACUAAAUGCGCUGCGUAAGAGUGGACAGUUCUGUGAUGUUCGACUUCAGGUCUGCGGACAUGAGAUGUUAGCUCACAGAGCCGUCCUGGCUUGCUGCAGCCCUUACCUAUUCGAAAUCUUCAACAGCGAUAGUGAUCCUCAUGGAGUCUCUCACGUUAAAUUUGAUGACCUCAAUCCCGAAGCAGUCGAAGUCCUCUUAAAUUAUGCCUACACUGCUCAGUUGAAAGCUGACAAAGAGUUAGUAAAAGAUGUUUAUUCUGCAGCUAAGAAGCUGAAGAUGGACAGAGUAAAGCAGGUUUGCGGCGAUUAUUUAUUAUCUAGGAUGGAUGUUUCAAGCUGCAUCUCUUACCGGAACUUUGCAAGUUGCAUGGGAGACUCACGUUUGUUAAAUAAGGUCGAUGUUUACAUCCAGGAGCAUCUGUUACAAAUUUGUGAAGAAGAGGAAUUUCUCAAACUUCCACGACUAAAGUUGGAGGUAAUGCUCGAAGACAACGUAAGCCUGCCCAAUAAUGGCAAAUUAUACACAAAGGUAAUCAACUGGGUACAGCGUAGCAUCUGGGAGAAUGGAGAAAGUCUGGAAGAGCUGAUGGAAGAGGUACAAACGUUGUACUACUCAGCUGAUCACAAGCUGCUUGAUGGGAAUCUGCUAGAUGGACAGGCUGAGGUGUUUGGCAGUGAUGAUGACCACAUUCAGUUUGUGCAGAAAAAGCCACCCCGUGAGAAUGGCCACAAGCAGAUAAGUAGCAGUUCCACUGGAUGUCUCUCUUCUCCAAAUGCCACAGUGCAAAGCCCUAAGCAUGAGUGGAAAAUCGUUGCCUCGGAAAAGACCUCAAGUAACACCUACCUGUGUCUUGCUGUGCUGGAUGGCGUGUUCUGCGUCAUAUUUCUUCACGGACGAAACAGCCCACAGAGCUCUCCAACAAGUACCCCGCGACUGAUUAAGAGUUUGAGUUUUGAGUUGCAACCAGACGACUUAGCGGAAAAGCCCAUGUCUCCCAUGCAUUAUGCUCGAUCUGGUCUGGGCACUGCGGAACUGAACGGCAAACUGAUCGCUGCAGGUGGCUACAACCGAGAAGAAUGUCUGCGCACCGUCGAAUGCUAUGAUCCACACACAGACCGUUGGUCCUUCCUGGCUCCUAUGAGAACUCCAAGAGCCCGAUUUCAAAUGGCUGUACUGAUGGGCCAGCUCUACGUAGUUGGUGGGUCAAAUGGCCACUCGGAUGACCUGAGCUGUGGGGAGAUGUAUGAUCCAGUCAUCGAUGACUGGAUUCAGGUUCCGGAAUUGAGGACCAACCGUUGUAAUGCAGGAGUCUCUGCUCUGAAUGGAAAAUUGUAUAUCGUUGGAGGUUCUGAUCCUUAUGGCCAGAAAGGAUUGAAAAACUGUGAUGUGUUUGAUCCUGUCACUAAGGCGUGGAACAGCUGUGCUUCCCUUAACAUCCGUAGGCACCAAUCUGCAGUGUGUGAGCUGAGUGGUUAUUUGUACAUCAUUGGAGGAGCAGAGUCGUGGAACUGUCUGAACACCGUAGAGCGUUACAAUCCAGAAAACAACACUUGGACUUUGAUUGCCCCGAUGAACGUGGCUAGGCGUGGAGCUGGAGUUGCUGUUCACGAUGGAAAACUCUUUGUUGGAGGCGGUUUUGAUGGUUCUCACGCCGUUAGUUGUGUGGAGAUGUACGACCCCGUGAGGAAUGAGUGGAAGAUGAUGGGAAGCAUGACUUCGCCAAGGAGCAAUGCUGGAAUUGCUGCUGUGGGGAACACCAUUUAUGCAGUAGGAGGAUUUGACGGCAACGAAUUCCUGAAUUCGGUGGAAGUCUACAACCCCGAAUCAAACGAAUGGAGUCCCUAUGCUAAGAUUUUCCAAUUUUAGAGAAUCCAUGGUCCCUUUCAAACUAACAGGCUUAGUGAUGUAAUUGUGUUUAGUAGAGGUACACAUGUGAAUAGGGUGGGGGGAGGGUAUAGAUGUUGCCAAUAGCAACACAAAGCUUUUGCAUAUUGCAUACUAUUAAAUGUGCUGUACAUAACUUUUUUGUGUUUAUUUGAAAAGAAUGCCCAGAUGAAGGCCUGUUUUGUGUAUUUUCGAGACUUUUUGGGGGGUUCCUUUGCCUUUUGGAAGUUGAUAUCCUAAAAUAAUAAACUAAGAUAACCGAUUGGGAUUUCCCCGUUCCUGUCUCCCUCCCACUCUUCCUUCUCUCCACCCCCACCCCGACCGUGAUAUUUGUUUUGCCAAUUUGCACAGAAAAUGACUUUUCCCUUUGGAAUGUGUUUUUUGGGGCAAGAGGGGUAGGGUUUGGGGAUAGGGUAGGCAAUUAGGUUUCUCCCCCAACCCUCUCAGGCUCCUUUUCAGUAACUGGAAUAAAUCUAACGAGAAGCCUUAUUUAAAUAGAUUAUAAUGGGUAUUUUUUUUAUUAAAAGAAAGCUCACAUGCCUACCGCUAAUUAAUCUUUUAUGAUCGCCUUUUUAUAACUUUUUAUAUACCCAGCAGAGUGCUCUACCUGUUGAAGUGAAAAGUGGCAGACUGUAACUAUCAAAGGUGAGCCCGUCUGUGAGAGUGAGCAGAGUAGGGUGGUGCUUCACUCCAGAACGCAAACGUCUAAAGUAUCUGCCAGAAUAUCGUCUUAGGUGUGCGACGCUGAUGUUUCUUUGAAUGGAGUUUCUGAACAGUAACAUAGCUGUGAUUUCAAGUAUUGGGAACGAUUCUGGUUCUAAACAUUUGGAUGAGGGUGCAUCCCGUGCAUGUUAAGUAUUUUUUUACAUGUUGAGGAUUCCUGCUGUAAAGAAAUUAAGAUUGUUACUCUAACAGAAUAGUAAAAAUGCAAAGUGGUGAAGAGUGUUGUUUCCAGUUCUUCCACAUAGUUGCCGUUUGCUCUGCUCCAGUGAAGGGUUAUGCCCUCUUAAAGUGUCAGCCCCGGAUCGUGAAAUGUGUAGCGCAGGUGCUUUCAGGUCGGGUGUGUCAAAACACUCCCAGGUGAUCAUAGAAACUAUGGGGUUUUUUUUGUUUGUUGGGUUUUUUUUAGUUCAAAUUCUCUAUUCAUAUGGAUAAAAACAUUGGUUGGGAUGACUCGGUGUCUAAUGUGUAGUGCUGCACAUUAACUUACGGUGCAAAACCUAGCACUUCUUAUGCUUACUGCUGAUGCGAACACAUUAAAGGUACCUUGCGGGAAAUCCUUGCACCAUGGGAUUCGUA